AUGCCCGAACCCUUGCUAGGCACCUUUUUGGCCUUCGCCACUGUCUUCCAGUUGGUUAUCUAUGGGGCGUACACAUACAAAAUCUCUGGCGGUCCUCCCGACUGGGACGCUUGGCGAGAUAGACAAGCGCGCAUCGAGAGAGCCCAGGAGAGGCGUGCCGAGCGUGAAGAGCAGCGCAGAGAAGAUGCCGCCUUGCUUCGCCAGCUUGCUCAGAGAGCCGCCGCCUUGAAGCAGCUCGAGGAGGAGCGUGCUGCCGAAAAGGCAGAGAUGCGUGGACAGGAGGAGAAGAAGAAGAAGAAGGACAUCUGA